UUAGCUCGUUUUAGAAUUUAGAGUUAGGUUUAUUUUAUAACAUUGUUAUUUGUUGAUGAAUUAUUAUAUAUAUUUAUACAUAUGUUAACCGAUAUUGAUUUAAUUAUAGAUAUGUUUUCUCAGUUUUAAUCCUUUUUGGUCUUAUUAUAACCUUUUAUGAUCACCUAAUACCACUUAAAUUUCUUAAAAUGGUUGUGAACAAUAGACAAAAAACAAAUGUACUGAAGAAUUUUAGAACAAACGAGAUUGAUUCAGAAGAUUUAAGCUUAGAAGAUUUAAGUAUAAAUGAAGUACAGACAAACACAAUAAAACAUUCCUGGCAGUAUACAGUUCAAUUAAAUCCAAUUACGUUUUAUGAAGAUAAUUCAGACAUACAACCAAACAAUGAAAAUCAAGUUUGGAAGGAAACUCAAUUCUUAUCUUUGUACAAAAAUGUAUUAUCAAUUUUAAACAAGCUUACAUGGACCACAUUUGAUCAACUAGUCGAUCAGUUUCAAAAAUUGCCAAUAAAUAAUGCAGAAUGUCUUGAAAAUAUUGCUAAUAUUGUUGUACUUAAAGCUUUUGAUGAACCUUCUUUUGGAUCUUUAUAUGCUUCGUUAUGCAGAGCUCUUGACAUAAAAAUUAACUGUCAAAAUGCAAAUGGCAUAUCAUAUCAAAUGACAUUUAAAAAAUGUGUAAUCACAGUAUGUCAAAACUUUUUUCAAAAGCACUGUUUGGAUGAUACUGAAACAUUAACUAUGUCUGUUGAACAUGAACAAAAUCAAAGGAGACUUAAAAUGCAAUCUAUAGGUUGUAUAAGAUUUAUUGGUGAAAUUUUCAAACAAUCAUUAUUAUCUCCAAAUGUUGUCCAUUACUGUGUAAAAACAUUAGUGUCUAGGUCUAGAGAAAAAUCGCUUGAAUAUCUGUGCAAUCUUCUGAAAAUAGCUGGCAAAGAACUACAAGAAAAAAUAAGUUUGAUAGAUGUAUUUGAACACUUGGUGUAUUUGGUGUCUGAUGAAAUGCGAUCUAAAAUAUCACCCAGGAUACGAUUCAUGGUUAAAGAUGUAAUUGAAGUGGUUAUGUUUAAGAAUGUUUUAAAUAAAACUGAUUCAGAUGCAAUAUUAAAUUAUAGUUAAUGUACAACAUAAUUCAAUCUUUUUUGUAGCAGAUUUGAAAAAUUUAUGAUUAUAGUUGAAUGGAUUUAAACAAUUCAAAAAUGCAAAUUUAUCUUGGCGCCUACAAAAUUUUCACCAUGUUAAUUUUACAAAACCACCUACUGUAAUGUAUU